AUGUCAUCAGCAAGAAUUACGGAACAGAGGAAUAGUGGGAAAAGGAAACGUUGUUGUGAAAGGUGUAAAGAGGAGCUGGAGUUAGAUGAGCCUUAUUUUCUUCUAGGAAGUGCUUCAUGGCAUAUGAGGUGCUUUUUAUGUGCUCAAUGUAUGGAUCCUCUGGUCGGCACCACCUACUUCCAGUUCGAAGGUCGCAUUUAUUGUGAACAUGAUUUCAAUAGACUUUAUGCUCCGGUGUGUGCCAAAUGCGACAAAUUUGUGAUUGGACAAGUCGUGCACUCGUCCAACUAUUCCUUCCAUCUUGCCUGUUUCACUUGUGACGAAUGUGAUAUUCAAUUGAACUCCAACGGAGCAUACCGCUAUCAUGGAAAGAUAUUGUGCUUCUCCUGCAAUCAGACCAUGCCAAAACUGAAAAUUUACAAUUGCUCAAAAUGUAGACAAAGAGUGGAAGACGAGGAUCUUCUGAUGUACCAACACGAGCCGUAUCAUGCAUACCAUUUUAAAUGUACAACUUGUAAAAAAGUUUUGGAAGCUGAUGCAAGAACGGUAAAGGAUGAAUUGUUCUGUCCACGAUGUUUCGAUUUCCAAUGUGAAGUUUGCUUUGAUUGCAAAAAAGUUAUUGAUCCACAAAUUGAGCAGAGCCUUUUUUCAAUGAACAAACAUUGGCACAUUCAUCACUUUCGAUGCUUCAAAUGUGCUCGACCAUUCAACGGACAUGAGCACUAUGAGAAGAAUGGACAGGCAUACUGUAGGGAUGAUUUUCUGGAGCUCAUAGGUCAUCACUGCUUUAUUUGUGACAAAAAUGUGACUGGAGCAGUUGUUCAUCUAUUCGGAAAGGCAUUUUGUCUCAGCUGCUACAGAUGUCGAGGGUGUGAUAAAAUUCUUCAUUACAAAGACAAAGUCAUGGAGCUGGAUAUGAUGCCAUUGUGUAAAAAAUGUAUUGGCAAUAAGACAUUCCAGAAGUCGUUGAAGUACAAAAAUCAGUAA